UAAUCUAAAAAAAAAAAAAAAAAUUUAACAACGUUGUCGUUUUGUUUUGAAUCGUGUGGAGGAACUAGUAUAUAAAACGCGUGACCGAACUCAACAAAGAACUUAGUUUUUUUUGGUAGUAAUUUUUCGCGGUUUUAAAUGUAUUUGAUAUUUUUCGUAUUUGUUUAGUGAAAUUGAGGUUUUAGUUAACUUAUUUGCAAAUUAUUAUCAAUCAUAAAUGUGACAGUUGUGUAACUUAAAGCUUUAUAAAUGAGUAUAACGAAAUGCAAUUGGAAACUACCACUCUCACUUGCAAGCAAAAAAAUAUUUGGCGCUCACACAUUUGCCAUGUAUCUGGCUGAGAUUCUCCUACAACUGGUGAUUAUCGUUUGAUGUUGUCACACUAAGGAGAGACCUACGGUUUUAUAAUUGAAGGUAUGCCUUUGCCUGCAGAGGUGUUAAUGGUGCCCGAAAGAAAAAAACAUCUUUUAUCGUCCUUGGGAGCUAGCCAAAGGUAGUGCGCACACUUAAACAAUAGGCUCAUAAAAGUCAUCAUGCAAAACAUUCAAGAACACGACGUUUAAUUGGGUUAUUUUCAUAUUCAACAUCAAACAAUUGCUAAUAAGAAACCAACACUGUUCCCUUCCAGUUACGAUAUGGUGCAUUUCGGUCAUGCCAAUUCCCUGCGACAAGCCAAAGCACUUGGCGAUAAGGUCAUUGUCGGCAUACACACCGAUGAGGAAAUCACAAAACACAAGGGACCACCCGUCUUUACGGAAGAAGAACGCGUUAAAAUGGUCAAGGGCAUCAAAUGGGUGGAUGAGGUGGUGCUUGGCGCGCCCUAUGUGACAACACUCGAGGUGCUCGAUGAAUACAACUGUGAUUUCUGUGUGCAUGGCGAUGACAUUACAAUGACCGCUGAAGGUGUGGACACAUAUCACCUCGUUAAGUCUGCCAAUCGUUACAAAGAAGUGCGUCGUACUGCUGGCGUUUCAACAACAGAUUUAGUCGGACGCAUGUUGCUGUUGACGCGCAAUCAUUUCCGUCAAGGUUCGGCAGAGUAUGCCAUUGAGAAAGAAGACUUAUCUACAAAAGUACAAAACAUGAAAUUAUCAUCAGGUUCAUCGAAUAUGGGACAAGACUCAUCAGCCAAGAGCCCAUGGACGGGAUGCAGCCAGUUUUUGCCCACAACGCAGAAGAUCAUACAGUUCAGUGAUGGCAAACCGCCAAAAUCAGAUGACAAAAUUGUUUAUGUUGCUGGCGCUUUUGACCUUUUUCAUGUGGGUCAUUUAGAUUUCUUGGAGAAAGCCAAGGAGUUGGGUGAUUUCUUGAUUGUGGGUCUGCAUACGGAUCCAGUAGUGAACUCCUACAAAGGCAGUAAUUAUCCCAUUAUGAAUUUGCAUGAGCGCGUGCUAAGUGUGCUGGCGUGUAAGUACGUCAACGAAGUGGUUAUCGGCGCACCCUACUGUGUCACUGAAGACCUGCUCGAUCACUUUAAAAUCGACGUUGUGUGCCAUGGACAAACGCCGAUUGCGCUGGAAGAUGGCAAAAUCGAUCCAUAUGCAGUACCAAAGACACGCGGCAUCUUCACGCUCAUCGAUUCCCAAAAUUCAAUGACAACAGAACUGAUUGUUGAACGUAUUAUUUCACAUCGUCUCGAGUAUGAACGCCGCAACAAAGCCAAAGAGAAGAAGGAAAGUGAGGCAUACGAAGCGAUGCAACGUGCAAAGCAAGCACAGAAAGCUGGUUAGGACUAGGAGACGUACCGCCACGGGUCAGAAUGCCGAUUCGGAAAUAAAUGUGUUGUCGUCUGAAGAAACGUAAAUAUAGAUUAAGUUGCCUGCUGCUUGCUCUUAUAGGCUUAGCAUUCGAAAAAAUGUAAUAGUCAAUGAGAAAAUGGAACGUGCUGGACCCGGGCGGUUGUUAGAUACAUACAUACAUACAUAUUUUUAUGCAGCUGCAGCGCUAUUAUCUACAUACAACAAUUUUAUGUUGAACACAUACAUAUAUUGUUUUUAAGUUUUAUGAUUGUAGUGUCUUUUUUUAAGUUAUUUAAAUUAUACUCAACACAUAAUAUUAUAUGUACAACACGUUUUUUAUGUGUAUGUGCGCAAAUGUUGUACACUGUUGGUACAAAUUGUAGUAGUGAUAUACAUAUGCAGAUACGCGUGCAGGUUUAUUUUUGUAUUGUAAAUUUUUCUUUUGCAACGUAUUUCUCGAUGAUGGCUUAAAAAAAUUCAUACAUACAAACAUACGAAAAAGAAAUACGCUGCGAAUGCAGUAAAAUAAUAUUUAAACAAUAAUUAGAUUAGACCAAAUUUUAUGAAAAUUCAUACGUAUUUGUUAGCUACAGUUAUACAUGUAAAUACACACGCAAUAUAUAGGAAUAUUAUUGAAAAAUCGAAAAUGUAAAAAUUGUCGCUAUUAAUUUCAUAAUGUAAAUGCAAAUGAAAAUGUCCACGAACGAGUUUCGUGUUGGCAGCGAAUUUUGCUAGGUAAUUAUGUAACUAGAAAAUUAAAAAUACGUACAUAUAUGGCUUGCAAUCAAGUCUCAUGCCAAAUAGUAACUGUAGUAACCCGAAAACGUAGCAGAAAGAUCUACUUCUAUAUUUAUACAGCAAUAUUUACUAAAAAAUUUAUGGAAACGUGUACUUUCAAAGCGCAGUGGUUUAUAACUUUUGUGCAUGGGACAUCAAAAAUAAUUUACCGCUUAGAGCACUUUUAAUAGCCAAGUUUCUACUUAUUUUGUGCAUUACUUAGAAUUUAUUUUUACAAAAUAAGAGCACGUGUGAUGUAAUCAAAUUUAAGUGCGUAGUUCGAUGCAUUGCCACAUUUUCCUAAAAUAUGUAUACAUAUGUAUAUCCAAUUUUUGUGACACUUUGAUUUUAAAAUCAUGCGUCGAAAAAAAACACAACA